ACCCCAGGUAUUUAACUUUCCCAUAUGUACACCCAAUGGAAAUCGCAUGCUCGUCGACAAUUCUCUCGAUCUGUCACAAGCGCAGACAUCUUGGAAUUAAUACGAAAGUCGUCGUUGCACACAUCUAAAUCACUGCGAAUUUUUGCGUGGAAAAUCAUUUUUACUUGUAAUAAGCCUGGUAACUUGGUAAAAGCGCAUUAAAACAUGCCGAAAAAUAAGGGAAAAGGAGGUAAAAAUCGUCGUCGUGGUAAGAAUGAGAACGAGUUCGAGAAACGUGAAUUGAUUUUCAAGGAGGACGAGCAGGAAUACGCUCAAGUGACGAAAAUGCUUGGAAAUGGACGUUUGGAGGCGAUGUGUUUCGAUGGAGUGAAGCGACUUUGUCAUAUUCGUGGAAAAUUGCGGAAAAAGGUUUGGAUAAAUCAGGGCGACAUCAUCUUAGUUGGUCUACGUGAUUUUCAAGAUUCAAAAGCCGAUGUUAUUCUCAAAUACACACCCGACGAAGCACGUAAUCUAAAAACGUACGGUGAAUUCCCCGAAUCAGUGCGUAUCAACGACACCGUCACAUUCGUCGAGGAUGGGUUCGAUGAAGAUAUUGAAUUCGGUGACGAAAUCAGUUCGGAGGAGGAGGCCGACUCGGUGGAUGCUAUCUGAUCGCAAUCUUAAUAAUAUUUUUAAACCACUAAUAAAUUGUAUGAAAAACAAAAGUUAUAUGCCUUCACAUUAACACGGUCCUCAUCGAAAUGAUUUCUAUAGUUUUGAGAGAAUUUCAAAAAACAACAUAUAUAGGGUGAACUAAACUAAUUGAAUAGAAAUAUAUUAUUUUAUUAUUUUUUAAAAAUUAAAAAAAAAUAUCAGAACACACGAAAAUAGGCAAAAAAAAAAUAUUAAAUUGUAUUGGAUGAUUUUGGCUGGAUAAAUUUUUUUUAUGGAAUUUACGUUUUUCAGUUUUCAAGUUUUUAUCUGUCUGUUUCCCCCAUGCAGCUCCCUAGUCCGCAAGCGAUGUAUUACCAUCUCAUGCGACACAUUAAAACAAAGAACGUAAAAUAAUAGCCGAGUAGGUGCUGAAGGACUCCAGCCUCCUUCCUGAAACAUUUUAUAAAACUAAUCAGUCACAGCAAAGAACCACACAACCCUCGGCGUUUAAUAUAGAUCGCAAUCAUAACAAUUUAUUUUAUACACAUUUAGAUUGUAAGUUGUUUCUGGAUCGCUGGAAAGCGAUCCCGAAUUUAUUGUGAGAUCUUAUUCCAUAAUUACCACUCAUUAACAACAAAAAGAAGAUAGUCCAGAGUUUUCUGCCAGAAAUGCAAAUAUUGAAGAACAUUUCUGGAAAUCUAAAACGAAAUUUAUUGAGUUUAGUUUGAAAUGCUCUGUAUGUACCAUAGAUGUAGGAUAUCCAUGAAAUAAUGGUGAGAGUAUCACUUGCAAUAGAAUUUAAUUUAAAGAACAAAAUUUUUAAUCGUUGAAAUUUGAAAUACAUCGUACAAAACCAAAAAGA